CGCAUGAUGACAGUCCAAAGAGCGGAAGUUACUCGAGUAAACAGAUCAAACGCGUCUUUCAUUGUUUAUUUAUGCUCUUUUGGACAUUUCAUUGAUUGUAACAGCGCCGAUGGAGUGCCAGUUUAAAGAGGGGCCCGUACUGCAUAUUGUAGUGGUUGGAUUUCAUCAUAAGAAGGGCUGUCAGGUAGAGUUCUCGUAUCCUCCCAUCAUUCCCGGCACGGCUCAUGACAGUAACACACUCCCAGAGGAAUGGAAGUACUUGCCUUUCCUGGCCCUGCCAGAUGGCGCGCACAAUUACCUGGAAGACACCAUUUACUUUCAUUUACCUCCUCUGGAUGAACACAUGAAAUGUGUUUAUGGGGUUUCCUGCUACAGACAGAUAGACGCAAAGGCACUGAAGGUGCGAGAGGCCGAUGUCACGAGAGAGACUGUCCAGAAGAGUGUGUGUGUGCUCAGCCGAAUGCCUCAGUUUGGUCUAAUACAGGCUAAACUCCAGCUCAUAACUCAUGCUUACUUUGAGGAGAAAGAUUUCUCACAGAUCUCCAUACUAAAGGAGCUGUAUGAUCAUAUGAACAACUCUUUAAGCUCUACAGCGCUGGAGGGAUCACAGAUCUUUCUGGGCCUGUCUGCCAGAGAUUUGAUUCUGCACUUUAAACACAAGGUUCUGAUUCUUUUCAAACUAAUUCUGCUAGAAAAGAAGAUCCUUUUUUAUGUGACUCCAGUGAAGAAAUUGGUUGAAACUCUGAUGACCAUCCUGUCAUUGUUCCCAGGUAUGAUAGAGCACGGGCUGGCUGAUUCUUCUCACUAUCAAACCAGGAAGAGUGUAUCAGAGGACUUCAGUCCACCAGAAAUCAACUCUGCAGAUGAAGAAUCGCUCUCCAUUUCUGUAACUGAUAUCACUGACACACUCAAAGAGUUUGAGUGCAAGUAUGACAUUAGCGACCAAACAGAGCAAUCAGAGCCCAUUAACACUAAUCAAGAUGCACACUACCUUCAGCCCCCAAAUCGUAGCUCCCCGGAGUCCUCAGAGAGUGAAUGGGAGACGCUGGAGCCUCAAAUGUUGGAUGAGCCAGAAAGCAGUGCGAGGAAAGCGAAUUCAGACCAUUCAGAGACAUUUGAUGCAGAUUCAGGGCUGCCGAUCACAGUCCAGCCACAGUCGGCGACAGGACAGGGCACACUGAUGCAGGGCCUGGUGUCUGGACUGCAGGAGGACCAGUAUGGACUACCACUUGCUAUCUUUACAAAGGGUUACCUGUGCCUGCCUUACAUGGCACUUCAACAGCACCACCUUCUGUCAGACGUGAGUGUACGAGGUUUUGUUGCCGGGGCGACCAACAUCUUGUUUCGUCAGCAACGACACCUGAGUGAUGCUGUUGUAGACGUGGAUGAAGCUCGUAUUCAGAUUCAUGACCCAGAGCUGCGCAAAAUACUGAGUUUGAGCACAGCUGAUCUGCGAUUCGCUGAUUAUCUGGUUAAACAUGUCACCGAAAACAAAGAGGACGUGUUUCUGGAUGGGACAGGCUGGGAGGGUGGAGACGAGUGGAUACGUGCACAGUUUGGACUAUAUGUGCAUUCACUCUUAUCUUCUACACUGCAGCAAGAUCACGAGAGGCUUCUGAUGGAUUAUGGAGCUGCGUUCACCUCCGCCUGGAGAGACACACACAACUAUAGACUGUGGAAAAGCAACAAAUAUCCAGCCAUGACUGACAUAACACCAGGGCAUCCGUUUCAGGGUCAGUACAGUGUGGCCGAUGUGAAGAUCCGUUUGUCACACUCAAUGCAGAACAGUGAGCGUGGGAAGAAAAUCGGGAACGCUGUGAUGACGACGAGUAGAAGUGUCGUGCAGACGGGAAAGGCUGUUGGUCAGUCAGUAGGUGGAGCUUUAACUGUCGCUAAAUCCGCCAUGUCGUCCUGGUUCUCCAUGCUAGCACCGCCCACCACAGCUGUCAGUGCACCUCCACAAUCGACGGAGUGAUGUCUGCUUUUGGGGAUACUGCACACAUCUCGGAUGUUCAAUAUUAAAAUGAAGACUUGCACAAUGCACAAGGUCAAAAUGUUUAAUAAAAUGUUUGUAUUUUGAUGAGAUGUUUAGAAAAGGGGGCCUUGUUUUUACCAGGAUAAUAUUAAAUGUACUUUUCUUACUGUAAUAAAAGCAUCAAGCAUAUUUCUGUUAGAUUCUGUUUUAGCUGUUAGAUGUUCUGUUUGUUGGUUUUGGGACUCGUGAAGCAUUUUCUGUUAAUGAUUUCUCUAUAUAAGAUCACGCUGUUUGAGCGUCCUGUUGAAGCUCACCAUGGGCUUGACAUCACUUAUAUUCGUUCACAUGUACUAUAUAUUCUACUGUCCAAAAAUUUUAAUAAUGUUGACAAAUUAUACAUGAGUCUGUACAUCUGUAUACAUGAGCUUCAACAGGUUAACACACGCAGGUGUUGCACUUUGAUUUCAUGUUGCAUGUGACCGCACGAUUCUUGGGCUAAUUUGAAGAUGCAAGAAAACUUGCUCAAAUAUGUAUGUUCAAAAUUAAGCAGAAUACAAAAAAACCUUAAGAUGCAAUGCGAAUUUUUUUUUAAAAUUAUUUUACCUGGAAGAAUUCAGUGAGUUUUCAAUAACGCACAUCCGGCCAUUCUAAAAGGCACAACACAAACUUUCAGAAUGGAACACUAGCAUACAGCACAUAGUAUGUAUUGAGUAUGUAUCUUGGAAAUAAAAAGGGUUAUGUUGCAUUUUUUAUCUUAGUUUUAUUCAUCAUUCUGG